ACUCAAGAGUUUCAUCUACUAGCAUUCCUGAAACUGUGGCAUGCUAACUUGUGUUGAAAGAAAAAAAAAAAAAGCACAACUUAAAAACUGAGAAUUACGUCUUAUUUGGCGGACAAAACAGAGGACUUAAGCUCUGAGGGACUGCUUGCUCCAAAGAGGCAUGUGGGAUCUUAGCUCCCUGACCAGGGAUCAAACCCGCACCCUCUGCAUUGGAAGGCGAAGUCCCAACCACUGGACUGCCAUAGAAGUCGCUGUCUGCCUUUGCUUUUAAAGAAAGAAAGAUCUGCCUACAUUGCUACAUUAAGCUCCCUCUCCUGCAUGGUCCCCAACCUUCACACUGCUGGACCUUCAUCACCUCAUUCCCGUGCACAGGAAGACGGAUGGGCCACCUGCUUGCUGACACCCUCUGACAAUCUUCUUCAUAGAGUGGUCGACCCUGGCAUUACCUGGUGCUGAGAACAUGGCUGAUCGAUGGACGGGAUGAACAAGGCAGAGCUCCAGCAGUCGUGUUCGUGAGCUCCGUCAGGACUGCGAUGCGCCGGUCCUAGCUGCCGUCUGAGAGGAUGUCCGGGGUUUCUGAGGCCCUGAGCCGAGUGAAGGUGGGCACGUUACGUCGGCCCGAAGGCCCCCCAGAGCCCAUGGUGGCAGUGCCGGUAGACGUGGAAAAGGAAGACGUGAGGAUCCUCAAGGUCUGCUUCUAUAGCAACAGCUUCAACCCCGGGAAGAACUUCAAACUAGUUAAAUGCACCGUGCAGACCGAGAUCCGGGAGGUCAUCACCUCCAUCCUGCUGAGCGGGCGGAUCGGCCCCAACAUCCAGCUGGCAGACUGCUACGGGCUGAGGCUGAAGCACAUGAAGUCGGAUGAGAUCCACUGGCUGCACCCGCAGAUGACGGUGGGCGAGGUGCAGGACAAGUACGAGUGUCUACACAUGGAAGCUGAGUGGAGGUAUGACCUUCAAAUCCGCUACCUGCCAGAGGACUUCAUGGAGAGCCUGAAAGAAGACAGGACCACACUGCUUUAUUUUUACCAACAGCUCCGCAAUGACUACAUGCAACGCUAUGCCAGCAAGGUCAGCGAGGGCAUGGCCCUGCAGCUGGGCUGUCUGGAGCUCAGGCGGUUCUUCAAGGACAUGCCCCACAACGCACUGGACAAAAAGUCCAACUUCGAGCUCCUGGAGAAAGAAGUGGGGCUGGACCUGUUUUUCCCAAAGCAGAUGCAGGAGAACUUAAAGCCCAAGCAAUUCCGAAAGAUGAUCCAGCAGACGUUCCAGCAGUAUGCCUCGCUCCGGGAGGAGGAGUGCGUCAUGAAGUUCUUCAACACCCUUGCAGGCUUUGCCAGCAUCGACCAGGAGACCUAUCGCUGUGAACUCAUUCAAGGAUGGAACAUUACUGUGGACUUGGUCAUUGGCCCUAAAGGCAUCCGCCAGCUGACAAGUCAAGAUGCAAAGCCCACCUGCCUGGCCGAGUUCAAGCAGAUCAAGUCCAUCAGGUGCCUCCCGCUGGAGGAGGGCCAGGCGGUACUGCAGCUAGGCAUUGAAGGCGUCCCCCAGUCCUUGUCCAUCAAAACCUCCUCUCUGGCAGAGGCCGAGAACAUGGCUGACCUCGUAGACGGUUACUGCCGGCUGCAGGGGGAGCACAAAGGCUCUCUCAUCAUUCGAGCCAAGAAAGGUGUGUUUCCACUUGAAGAUGGCGAGAAGCGCAACAGCCUGCCCCAGAUCCCCACACUAAACCUGGAGGCUCGGCGACCCCACCUCUCAGAAAGCUGCAGCAUAGAAUCAGACAUCUAUGCAGAGAUUCCCGACGAGACCCUGCGAAGACCAGGAGGCCCACAUUAUGGCAUUGCCCGGGAAGAUGUGGUCCUGAAUCGUAUUCUUGGUGAAGGCUUCUUUGGGGAGGUCUACGAAGGUGUUUACACGAGUCACAAAGGGGAGAAAAUCAACGUGGCUGUAAAGACCUGCAAGAAAGACUGCACUCAGGACAGCAAGGAGAAGUUCGUGAGUGAGGCAGUGAUCAUGAGGAACCUGGAGCACCCCCACAUCGUGAAGCUGAUCGGCAUAAUUGAAGAGGAGCCCACCUGGAUCAUCAUGGAACUGUACCCCUACGGGGAGCUGGGCCACUACCUGGAGCGAAACAAGAACUGCCUGAAGGUGCUCACUCUUGUCCUGUACUCGCUGCAGAUCUGCAAGGCCAUGGCCUACCUGGAGAGCAUCAACUGUGUCCACAGGGACAUCGCUGUCCGGAACGUCCUGGUGGCCUCCCCUGAGUGUGUGAAGCUGGGGGACUUUGGCCUUUCCCGGUACAUCGAGGAUGAGGAGUAUUACAAAGCUUCUGUGACGCGUCUCCCCAUCAAAUGGAUGUCCCCCGAGUCCAUUAACUUCCGCCGCUUCACGACGGCCAGUGACGUCUGGAUGUUUGCCGUGUGCAUGUGGGAAAUCCUGAGCUUUGGGAAGCAGCCCUUCUUCUGGCUGGAGAACAAGGAUGUCAUCGGGGUGCUCGAGAAGGGGGACCGGCUGCCCAAGCCUGACCUCUGCCCACCUGUUCUCUACACCCUCAUGACCCGCUGCUGGGACUACGACCCCAGUGAGCGGCCCCGCUUCACUGAGCUCGUGUGCAGCCUCAGUGACAUUUAUCAGAUGGAGAAGGACGUCACCAUAGAGCAGGAGAGGAACGCUCGCUACCGACCUCCCAAAAUCUUGGAGCCCAUGGCCUUCCAGGAACCCCCACCCAAGCCCAGCCGGCCCAAGUACAGACCCCCUCCACAAACCAACCUUCUGGCACCCAAGCUGCAAUUCCAGGUCCCCGAGGGUCUGUGUGCCAGCUCACCCACGCUCACCAGCCCUAUGGAGUGUCCAUCUCCCGUAAACUCUCUGCACACCCCGCCUCUCCACCGGCACAAUGUCUUCAAGCGCCACAGCAUGCGGGAGGAGGACUUCGUCCGACCCAGCAGCCGAGAGGAGGCCCAGCAGCUGUGGGAGGCCGAGAGGGUGAAGAUGCGGCAGCUCCUAGCCAAGCAGCAGAGGCAGAUGGUGGAGGACUACCAGUGGCUGAGGCAGGAGGAGAGAUCCCUGGACCCCAUGGUUUACAUGAAUGACACGUCCCCGUUGACCCCAGAGAAGGAGGUCGGCUACAGUAAGUCGGAGUUCACGGGCCCCCCAGAGAAGCCACCGAGGCUGGGCGCGCAGUCCAUCCAGCCCACAGCCAACCUGGACCGGACCGACGACCUGGUGUACCUCAACGUCAUGGAGCUGGUGCGGGCUGUGCUGGAUCUCAAGAAUGAGCUCUGCCAGCUGCCCCCCGAGGGCUACGUGGUGGUGGUGAAGAACGUGGGCCUGACGCUGCGGAAGCUCAUCGGGAGUGUGGACGACCUCCUGCCCUCCUUGCCGUCGUCUUCGCGGACAGAGAUCGAGGGGACCCAGAAACUGCUCAACAAGGACCUGGCGGAGCUCAUCAAUAAGAUGCGACUGGCGCAGCAAAACGCCGUGACCUCCCUGAGUGAGGAGUGCAAACGACAGAUGCUCACCGCCUCCCACACGCUGGCUGUGGAUGCCAAGAACCUGCUGGACGCCGUGGACCAGGCCAAGGUUCUGGCCAACCUGGCCCAGCCGCCGGCAGAGUGAAGAGGGCAACGCCCCCCGCCUGCGUCUCCGCCCCCGCCCGCCGUGUCCCUCCCUGCCCUGACCCCUGCCUGACCUUCGGUCCUGUGGGUCCCCCCGGGGGGGCGGGCAGGCGAGGAGAGUCCUUCUUCCCCUGCCAUUUUGCACGUCCCCUCUCCCCACCCCGCCCCCAGACUGUGCUGCUCAGGCCGCAGCUGGACAGAGGUGACUCAGGGCUGCAGACGGCAGGGGGUGACAAAGAGGGCUCAGAGGGAGCGGGGCCGCUGCUGCCUGGCCGGAGGGGGUCACGCGGGGGCCCCUUGCGGCCACGCCGGCUUUACGCAUCGUGUAAAGGGCAGCGGGGAACCAAGCUCUUCCUUCUCCUUCCUCCCCCGCCCACGGAGCCCCGCCCCACGCCGUGCACAGAGGGAGGGGCCGGGAGGGGCUGUCUCUGGGGAGGCGGGCGGCUGGUGCCCUGAGGGAUGGAGCUGGCUUUCUUGUACAGUGUAUAGUGGAAUUUAUUUAAUGUGCGUUUGGUCUGGACUGGCAGCCGUGUGUGCCCCUGAGGGGAGACCUGGGACAGUCCAGGGACAAGCUACUGGGAGUCGGGACACAGGAGGCUGUGUUGUCCACGCGCCAAGAGGGGAGAAGGGGAGAGACGAGGCCAAACUGGACUGGGGCGCGACCCGCAUUCCUCGCCCCCUUUCCCUUCUUCCCUCCCUGGCCCCUUCCUUCUCUUUUCUUACUUGUCUUCUCUCCCGCUUUCUCAUCCACUCCCUCCCUCCCGUUCUUGUGUUUGUGCAGAACACUCUUUUACCUUCUUUCUAUUUGACUUGUGGAUGAAUUAAAAUUGUACCAUUUGC